CAAAAUUGCCGCAGUUGUUUUGAAGUUGCGAAGGCGCGUGGUUGUCUGGUAGAGCUGUACGAUUGAAUUGCCCGCGAUCAUCCGCAGCGAUGCUGAACCGGUAAAGUGUUGAGAGCACAAAGAAAAAAACACUGGACUCCAAAUUCGAGGGUAGUGCUGUAUUUCCAAGUGAAAAUGUGUGAUGUGGAACCCAGUGAUACGAGAAGCUGAGAUGGAGGUGUUGAUCGAGGAUGAUGCCGAUCUGAGGGAGCAAAUUUUUCACAACAACGUUCGUGAGCAGAUCAUUUUCCUGCUGCUUUUCAUAAUAUUGUACAUAGCGAGUUUCGCUCUUCUGGAUCGAUUCAAGAGACGAGGACGCGAGGAUUACUACAGCACCGACGAUGAUGAGGUGACAGUGUACAGGAUCAGUACGUGGCUCUGCACUUUCUCCCUUGCAGUGUCCAUUGGUGCUGUUCUUCUGCUCCCCAUAUCCACCGUCUCGAAUGAAGUCCUCAUACUCUACCCGAACAGCUAUUACGUUAAAUGGCUGAACAUAUCUCUUAUACAAGGGUUAUGGAACUACAUUUUCCUGUUCUCGUUUCUAUCCCUCAUCGUACUGUUGCCAUUCGCCUACCUGUUCACGGAAUCGGAGGGCUUCUUCGGCCACCGCAAAGGGCUGAUGGGCCGCGUCUACGAGACCUUCACAGUAUUAGGUCUUUUGGCCACGGUCGUGCUUGGGUUGACAUACGUGGUCUCCGCACUUCUAGAUAAGGAUAAAUCCAGUAUUCAAACUCUAUUAGAUGUUUGGAGCUACCAUUUACCUUUCCUAUAUUCGUGCAUAUCAUUUAUUGGAGUAUUGAUGUUAUUAGUGUGUACUCCUUUGGGUUUUGUGAGGCUAUUCGAUGUUGUAGGACAGUUUCUGAUAAAACCGCAAUUUAUGCGCGACAUAAACGAGGAGUACUUUGCAUGCGCUCUGGAGGAGGAAACCCUCCGGAGACGGCUGAACCAGGCGGAGAUGAACGGUAAUUAUUGCGUGUCUCCGGCUCCCAUGAGCGUGAACGAGUCGGCUCCGAUGAAGGACGACGAAUUCCAGUUGCCAAAAGGACUGUUACGUUUAAGAAACGGUGAGCUGCGCACCGGACUGAAUAAGUUGCUCACCAAGUUCGAGAUGAAACGGAAACUAUUAGAUAAACAGCGGCAAAGCUCCUCUAUGAGGAGGAACGUCGUCUAUCCCGUUUCAAUGCUUCUACUGAUCGGGUUUACAGGAAUCACUGUUUUGAUUGUGAUGCAAAACACUAUUGAAUUACUAAUUGGGAUCAAAGCAUUGCCGUUAAGCUCGAGGCAAUUCACCCUUGGCAUUAGCUCGUUAUCAAGACUGGGCCCUGUAGGGGCCAUCAUAGAAAUAAUGCUGAUCCUUUACCUGAUAGUGACAUCGUCCAUCGGACUGUACACGUCGCCUUUGAUGAAGAACAUCAGGCCUAAGAAGCAGAGCACGCCUUUCAACCUGAUCAUCGCGAAUUGCGCUCUGGUUCUAAUUCUGAGCUCCGCUCUGCCGCUGCUGGCUAAAAUAUUAGGUAUAACAAAUUUCGAUUUGCUGGGUGACUUCGGCAGCAUCGACUGGCUGGGCAACUUCAAGGUAGUCCUGCUCUACAAUGUGGUAUUUGCUGUCGCCGCGACGCUAUGCCUGGUGAACAAGUUCACGGCGAAAGUCCGCAGAGAGCUCUACGCCCGGUUAGUUGAAAAUUACAUGUUCCUUUUAAGCUGUGUUUCUUUCCUCAACUAACCCAUCAUCAACUCAUUAUCAAGAGAGAGAGAGAGAGACGGUAAAACCAUUAUGAAUACAACAAAAAUGACAUUUCAAAUACAUAGAGAGAGGAGAAGACACAAUGAAUGAAAAGAAAGAAAACAAAAAUACCAACGUUCUAAGACUGAGAUUAUUUAUAUUAUUUAAUAUUAUCGCUAUAUUAUUAUGUUAUUAUUUUUUUUUUUGGAUUAACUUUUUUUUUAGAGAAAAGAAACCGCUCAAAAUAAUGCUGUGCAUUUUAAUCAUAUUAUUUUUAUUUAUACGAAUGUUGACUUUUUUAUACGUGGAAGAACGAGAGGAAAAACAGGAUGCAUUAUGGAUUAAUGUGAUAUAUACUAAUGUAGAGAAAUCGAUGACUCUUUUAUUUUUUAUUAAUUAUUAUUUUAGAUUGUAAGCUCUUUUUUUUUAUAUAUUAAUAUUUCCUCCUUUUUUUUAUUAUAUAUAUCGUCAUAUAUAGUAAAUAAAACGAAAUGUGAUUUUUGUAUUCAAUCUCAUCGGCUAUUAUAAUAACGAAUUAUAUUUGGGCACUCGAUGGAACUACCACACACAUUCCAGCAACUUCUUAUACUUGAUGUGCCUUUUCUCUGUAUGUAAGUUUGUUCAUAUAUAAUAUUCAAUUUAUUUGUUUGUUUCUUCUUUGUUUUUGGCUUCACUCGUGUGUUUUUCUUCUCGCAUUAACGCAUUCACACACAUCCAAAUUAUUAACAUUUUUUUUGGUUUAAGAUGUGUUUAAUAAAAUGGCAUUUAUAUUAUCUCUUCCCACCUCCGUUCAGAUUUUUUAACGUGCUGGAUGAUCAUCAUCACCGUCAGUCGUUUCCGCAAUCCGUUGUUCCGACUACUCCGAGACUUUCAGUAA